CGAGAAUACCCCUUAUCAAACAAAACACGCGAAUUCCAACCUGCGGGAAAAGAAGAGAUGCUUAUAUAACCGGCACCCACCGUGUAGUGUUCGGUGAGGAAACAAUGUCUCAAACGGUGCAUCUCGUCGUCGCUAACAACGUUGGUUUUGUAAUACCAGAAGGAAAGUGUUUUCCAUGUUCACGUGUUUCUCGAAGAACUUCUGUAUAUUCAUUCCCUUCUCUAGGUCGUCGUAGAAUUCAUUCACAUGUCAAGAUUGGAGGACUAAAGUCGGGUUCUUUGGCUGCAUCUGUUGUAUGUGAAGCAAGGAGAAGCCCCGAUUUCUCAAGGCAAAACGACAGGAAUGGGCCCUCCAGAGGCAGAAAUAGGAACAAUGAUGGAAGUGAUAUGUUCGAGAAUUUUGAAGAAGAUAUGUUAUCUUCGAAAAAUGGACCAUUGGUAUCACUUUCUUCAGGGAAAUUACAGGCCACUUCAACCCCUGGCCCUAGAGAGAAGGAGAUUGUUGAAUUAUUUCGGAAGGUUCAGGCUCGGCUGCGUGAGAGGUCUGUUGUCAAAGAAGAAAAGAAAGUUGAAGCACCCCGAGGGAAUGUUAAAGAGAAGAGCGCCGUAGAUUCCCUCCUCAACCUACUGAAGAAACACUCAGCUGAGCAAGUAAAGAGAAACAGUGGAGAGGACAGUGGAAAAGAACAUAACUCUGACCAGUUGCAAGAAAGUAAUCAAAUUGACGGAGGACAAAGGACAAACUUUUUUAAUUCAAAUUCAAACAGUGCUCCAAAGGAUGAGUCUCGAGCAGCCAACAUUGCUUCAUCAGCUAGGCCCCGAUCAGUUUUCAAAAGAAAGUCUCCUGUUCCACGUGUAAGGUACCAACCUGUCUCUAAUAAUGAGGAUGAUACUAAUGCAGUACCAAUUGGUAGUGAAUACAAUGGGAACAUUCAUGAUCUAAUAGAUUUGCAACAUGAGGAUGAGCCACAGCAUGAGGAUGAGCCAGAACCUGUGGCUGGAACUGAUCUUGAUAUAAAGGAUGAGCUGUUCUUCUCAGAGUUGUCAGAGGAUGAUUCUCAUGACUCGGAGGAUGAUUCUCAUGACAAUGAACAAACCUAUAAUGAUGAAAGUGUGGGAGAGCAGCAUGUGGUUCAAAAUGUGGAUUUGAGUGCAUUAAAGCUGACUGAGUUGAGGGCACUUGCAAAGUCUCGCGGUAUAAAAGGGUUCUCAAAAAUGAAGAAGGCAGAGCUUGUGGAGCUACUAACUGAGAGCUGAUUAGCGGUAUGAGAAGGAAAAGGAAUACUAGAACAACUAAAAUAGAUUUCAUGAUAAAAUAUAUGUUUCCUGAUGUUUCUUCGUGUUGUUCUUUUUACUUUUUUAAAUUUUAAUCUAAACAUUCCAAUCCAAGUAAGUAUCUUGGGUUGAGUGUUAGUAGAUCAUUAGAGUAAUCAAAGCAUCUUUUGCCUUGGAGGUUUUUAAAAUUUUGUAGUUUGUGUUGCCAUUAUGAAUUUAUGAGAUAUGUGAAUUAUUUUCAGGACUAAA